CUUCAAAUGUAAGAAAAAAGUGAUAUAAAUUAUAAUGCGUAAACAUUAAUUACCAUUGAUAAGGCAGAUCUCACGAUUAGUAAUAGAGUCACCAGUAGUAUAUUUCUGUUUUCUCAUGUGCGUACGCGCACACGUUAUAAAUGAAUAUAUAGAACGAUUGUAGAAAAAAAAGUAAUCUCGUUUUUAUAAAUUCCUUGUAAAUAUAUCAAAUAAUUGAUGUAAAUUAUCGUAUAAAAUAAAUCUAACUAUGAGUUUGUGAUAUUGUCUAAGAAAAUAAAUAACAACGGGAAUUUAAAAAAUCUCGAAGAUCGAGAAAAGAUCUUUCAAAUAAAGCAUACAUACUCGUUCGGUCUGUCGUAUUGUAUAAGGUUAAAGCGUGUUUAAAAAAAAAAAUGCUAUGAACUCAAUAGAGAUGUCAGGCGAAGAAUAUGACAGUGAAAUGGAUUAUUCAGAUUCAGACUGUGGAGACCCAGGUUAUGAAGAUUAUUAUAAUGUACAACCAUGGGGUGCUGAAGUAGAUAACGAUGUUGAUCUUGAUCAAAAUAGGAGGGAUCCGGAGUAUGCUAUUUAUGAUUGUUUGAGAGUCGACGAAGUAGAAAGGCUUUUGAAUGAAAAUGUUGAAGUACUAAGCAACAAUCUUCGUAUAACACCGUCCUUAGCCAAAGUAUUAUUACAUGCACACAAUUGGGCACUGCAAGAUAUUAUUUCCAAAUAUCGUACCAAUGCUUCCAAUUUAUUGACCAGUUCGAAAAUUAGACCGGUGCCUUUGGUGGAUUCUACCUCAGGAACUAAAGGAUUGUGUUCUGUGUGUGUAACUGUUCAUCGUGCUGACAAAUUUUCUACUCUUAUGUGUGGUCAUUCAUUUUGCAAAGACUGUUGGUGUAUGCAUUUUGAAGUACAAAUAACACAAGGUAUAUCUACCGGAAUAAGUUGCAUGGCACAAGACUGCGACGUUUUAGUACCAGAAGAUUUUGUCCUAUCCUUGCUCACUAAGCCUAAUAUGAGAGAAAAGUAUCAACAAUUUGCUUUUUGUGAUUACGUUAAAUCUCAUCCACAAUUGAGAUUUUGUCCUGGUCCAAAUUGCCAAAUAGUCAUGCGUUCGAAAGAACAACGAGCUAAAAGAGUUAUGUGUUCUUCUUGUAAAACUAUAUUUUGCUUUCGAUGUGGUAUGGAUUAUCAUGCUCCUACUGAUUGUAACACGAUUAAAAAGUGGUUAACAAAAUGUGCAGAUGAUUCAGAAACAGCAAAUUAUAUUAGUGCUCAUACCAAAGAUUGUCCAAAAUGUCACAUUUGUAUAGAAAAAAAUGGUGGUUGCAAUCAUAUGCAAUGUUAUAAUUGUAAGCAUGAUUUUUGUUGGAUGUGUCUUCAUAAUUGGAAACUACACGGAAGUGAAUAUUAUGAAUGUUCACGUUACAAAGAGAAUCCUAAUAUUGCACAUGAAAGUGUUCAUGCCCAAGCAAGGGAAGCACUAAAAAAAUAUUUGCAUUAUUACGAAAGGUGGGAAAAUCAUAGUAAAUCUCUUAAACUGGAAGAACAAACUUUAGAAGGUAUAAAGAUGAGAAUUAAUAAAAAAGUCAUGACAGCAAGCGGUACAUGGAUAGAUUGGCAACAUUUGUUUGAAGCUGCAUCACUUUUAGCUCGUUGUCGUUAUACUUUACAAUAUACAUAUCCUUAUGCUUACUACAUGGAAGCUGGUCCAAGAAAGGAACUUUUUGAGUAUCAGCAAGCACAAUUGGAAGCAGAAAUAGAAAAUCUCUCAUGGAAAAUAGAACGAGCUGAAACAACAGAUCGUGGAGAUCUAGAAAAUCAAAUGGACAUUGCAGAAAAACGUCGCGUUACUUUAUUAAAGGACUUUCUUGAGGUAUAACUAUUAGUUAAAUAAGUUUUUAUUUGACAAAUGUCACAGAUUGUCUCUCUUAGGUUUUUCUAAAAUGUCAACAUAACUAGUUUUGAUUUUUGAAAUACGGAUACAUAUGUAUAGUAAUUAUAGAUUAAAACUUCCUGUUAAAUAUCAUGUCUAAUAAGACAUGAUUUAAUAUGUAAAGAACAGUCUUCCUAGUAAGGAACACUUUUACGAUUCACAGGUUAAGUAUAAUAUAUGUUCAGAAAUUAUAAUAAGUUAGUCGGAAAAGAUAUUUAUUCUUCUCAUUAUUUUUUUUAUUAAAAAAAUCAUGUUUCUUUUUUUCUUUGCUUUUUUUUUGUCAAAGAAAAAUAUAAAAUAAAAUGUCAUAGUAAAUAUGGAAAAGUAACGAUUUUUAAUUAAUAUUGGCUUGAUAAUUAUAUACAGUCCAAUACAUUUUUUAAUGAUAAAUCUUCGUAAAGAAGAUAUGAAGGAAAAAUAAAAAUACGAACGUAUAGCGCGUAUGGUCGAUCAUGUGUUAAAGAAAAUUAAACAAACAAAUUGAAAGCUUGAAAAAUUGAAAGUAAUUCCUUUCUGCAUAGACUCCUUUCCAUAAUAAAAAAAUAUUUCUAAAUGUAAUCUGUAUUAUUGUCGCCUAUAUACGUUCAAAAAUAAUUAUUUGUGAUCGCAUGGAACGGAUUUUUAGAUUUAUAUCAUGGUUAUUUUUUUCUUUUUUUUUUAUACAUCCAUUUCUCAUUUUUUAAUUUGUUAUCAACAAGUAUUUUUAUUCUUAAUAUAUGUUAUACGUAUACAUAAAUGACUGUAGCCUAAAUACACUGGUGCAAGCAAAUAGCACUGGUUGCUGUGUACAUAUAUGCUACGAUGAUGUGUAAAAGAAUAUGACAUUUUCUAUGAUUAGUAUUAAGCCAUAUGCAACGACGAAAUACUUGUAUUCGAAGAAAGAUUAAAUGUGACUAAAAAUUCACAUUUUUUUAAAAUUAUUUAGAUUAGGUAAUUCUCUAUGGACAUGACAGGAAAUGAACUUUGAAAAAAGAAAAAAAUAUUCAAUUAUUGUUAAAAAUUUCGUGAUCAGUGCGCAAAAUGAAUGUAAUAUGAUAAUUGAUAUGUCUCUUACUAAGGUAAAUAAACCUUUAUAAAAGAUGAUAAUUCUAUUAGAAAAUAAUAUAAGUAU